UCAAGGUCAAUUUACUCAAUUUACUUUAUUCACAAUUUACCUGAGAGUGUGAAUCAACGUGCAUUCGGUAGCACAAUCGGUAGCACUCAAAGUUGCCUAAACUUAGUCUAAUUCAAAACAAAUGCAUAUGCAUGCAUAAAUGUUUUUCUGCAUCUGUUGUAAUUAAACCUUUCCAAUCAGGUGGAUCUUAUUGUUUUAAACAAGUCAACCCAGUGAAUCUGAAAUACUAUAACCUGAUAUUAUGUAUUUAGCUAAAGUUUCACUUAACUGCUGUUUGCAUGUAAAUUUUAAGUGGCAGGAAAACACUGUGGUGUUCAGUCUUCCAGAAAAUUUCUUAAAAGUGACAUGUAUUACAUAUGCUGUGUUAGAAAGGCUUUUUUCUGAUGUGUAUGAAAUUUUGCAGAGCGCUGCUGAAGUCCAAGACAGCCUCACAGCAAAGAGAGUCUCUGCACGGCUAUCAGAGAGGAGGAGAAAGCCUGGAGCCUGUAGACCGUGUCAGUGUUUCAAGGAUGAGCAGCACACUCAAGUGAAACGCCAGCGCUCUCCAAGUGCAGUCAUCCUUCCCCAGAAAAGGAGGAAAACCAAGGCCUCUACCUCGGACACGUUCACAAGACCAUCAGCCACCAUCCCUGAUUCUGAGCUGCCUCCGGUCUCAAAUACAGCCCACAAUCUUCGACCCUCUACUGUUGCACCUCGGCCAGACAGCCCUCUAAUGAUCCACAACCGCUCAGUAGAAGAGUACCAGCAGGUGUACCAUGAAGUGGUUGAUGAUAUGCUGAGAGACGAGAACGGACAGCUCCGUCCAUACAGUUUGGAGCUGGGACGCCUCAUAAAGAAGAAGCUAUGGGAGAGACUGAACCGUCCCACCAUGAUUAUGUCUAUUGAUGAAGACGGCCGCCUUCACGUGGACGUGAGUUACGGAGCUGAAGAGUGUCCUCCUGAAUUUAAUGUGGGUACUACAAAAGAACCCGAGUGCUGAGCUGAACAGCUCAGAGAAACAGUGAAACACAGUUACUGAGUCUGU